AUGGUGUUGCCAGGCACAUUCUCUGCCGGGACAUCAGCAUGUUUGCGUUGCCAGCUCCGUAAAGCUCUCGCUCCGAUUCGAACGCAAUCCCCUUCACGGGCCUCCGAGCAACGAUGCCGAACCCUUACGACAUCUCGUCACCUGGCGGAAGAAGCAGACGGUACCCUGGUGAAGACCAAGGACGGGUAUCGCUGGAAGAAGACAAAUGAAGCGGGAUAUAUCAUUGGAAAGCCUGGGAAGAGACAGCGGGUCGUUUCUGAAAGAUUGUCAAGAGACUCCCUGAGCAGGCCUGCCAAUGUCAUCGUCUUGCGGGACGUGAAACAGGAGCAACAACUUCCCUCUCCUCGUCGCCGAGCGAUUCAGAGCGCCUCAUUGGAGGAGUUCAAGUCACAGCCGUUUAGUACGCAAGAAAUUGAGAGCGCUGUCACUGGCCGUGAAAUCGCGCCAACAGAAGCGGAGGUGAACACAUCCAUCGACGCUCUAAGACCGCAGGAGACAAUCCUCGACAAGCAAUCAUUUGUGCGGCUGCACAGGGAUCUGUUGAGCGGGUACACCUACAAGCAGCUUUGGCGCUACCUUGUCAAAUCAGACUCUCGACUAGCUUUGGACCCGAAUCCAAAUAGACAAAGGCAACAAGAACUGGCAAACUCGCAGUGGCGACCAGGAGAGAGCCCUCUUUCGAAACGCCACGGUUUUGCUGCCAAGCCAAAAGGGAAGGAGACAAAGGUUCAGGUCGCUGAUCACAUUCUCCGACUAGUCUGGCAUCUGACUGUCCAGUCAGAGGUACAAGAGGUGGGGGAGAUUGAGGUCAAAGUUCAGCCUUGGCAGUCAUCCAUGCUGUUUGAUCUCAAUGUGGACAACAGACCAUAUUAUGAGCAUUGCAUUGCAUCCAAGGCCCUGACCGAGGCUUGUCAAGUCUACGACCUUCGAUCAGACGGAGUCUUAAGAAUCGUUGGCCGGCGGCACGAUGCUGAAGAAGCUGCUCGGCAAUUCAAUAAAGCUUUGUUGAGUGCCACGCGGUCUGAAGCCGACCUGAAAGCAUUCAGACCACUUCUAGGGAGCAGGUCAGAGCUGAAAAUCGAAGAACUGGUCUCACUUGACGAUUUGCGUUUCAUUUCGGAUCUGACAAAAAGUGUUGUCAUUCUGGAAGGCGAUACCAUUGCAAUAUAUGGCAACAGUGAAGUCAACAGACGCGGUGCUCGGAGGAUGGCUAUCGCAUUGCUCGACUUGCAAUCCCCAGCAUCCUUCGACGGCACGUUCGCCGACGCAGAAGUUGAUGCCAGGAAGAAAAGUCGAGGAACCGGCAAAGUUGUCGACUUCGUACCUGCCAGAUCUUUGGUGGGCGGGUUGCACCGUCGCUAUCGUGCACUUGAACUAGUUCGAUUCGCUCGUCAUCUUCAGAAGCAGGAAGUCGUCGAUGACGAUAGCCGGUCUUCAACUCCUGAACAGCUUGCGGAAGCUCUAGCGAAGCAGCUUGGGAGUGUUCCUGAGCCUCAGCAUGGUCCCUUCAAGCAACACGCAAAGUCUUACUGGCGUGAGGAAGCCCGCCUUAGUGACUGGGAGACUCAGUAUUGUAACAUCUUGCGCGAAGUUCAAAGUAGGCCUACUGCUAUCGCCAAUUCAAACCCGAAGCCAAGCAGAAAGACGCGGGACUCGUCGUCUAGACAGUCGCAGCUUGCCACCAUUUUGCAGCAUCACAGCACGGGCAUCGAAACGCUUCUCUCGUAUUUUGAACCACAGGAACUCCCAAGACCGUUGAAUCCGACUGCCACGAGGUCGCCACUAAACUCUACCGCCAAGGAGGGCCGCCGUACAUUCGACAGGCGGAUACCGUAUCUCAGCAUCUACUUCAUUCCGUCAACAACCAAGACACAGGCACCGCAGCUACCACGAAUUCAGAUGAAGUUCAGAUUCUCAAGUUCAUUCGGCUGGCGUCGCAAAGUUCAACUGACUGGCAUAUCAACAUCCCUUGACAAGCAGCAUCUCAGCGUGCCCUUACCCGAACAUGCGGUUGAUAUGCGAUUGAAUCGAGAAGUCACCAUGAUAUCCCGUCUAGAUGUCGCACAGCAAGACCAACACAUCUGCCAAUUCCUGGAGCGAUUGGAAGAGUCGGUACAGUCUGGAGAAGGCGCUCUGGAUGUUCCCUCGGAAAUCAAGUUCAGUCUGCCGGGAUGGCUUGUCCGUGGCAAAGGCAUUGAUCAGGCUCGCUCCGAAAAGGAGGUCGAAAUAUCGUACUCUGUAGAGAGAUUUGAGCAGGUUCAAAGCGUGAUCUUCAGGCCAGAUUCCAAUAGUCUAGGCGCCGAAAUUGUGGACAAGGAACUCAAGGCUUCUCUAGGGAGCUUGCCUGAUAACUUCUACUUGGAUUACAAGGAAGUGGAAGGUGGUGCCAUCCAUGGGAGUCAGACGUCUUUGUUGCUGCGCAUGCGCCAGGACGCCUUCUCGCUACCAACUCGUGAGGUGGAAGCAGGGGAAGAGGCCCAGAGCGAUGUCACAAGCCUAGAGAGCAUGAAUACAGACACCGCUGAUGUCACUCCGGGCUCUCGAACGCCGACUGAAGCGGUGUCCGAGAAGGAGGCGGGAACAGCAGCGGUUCCCGGAGCCUCUAUCGAGACACCGGAGGCCACCGAAGAUCAAGUCACUGCGUCACAGUCGCACACCGGAACAUCUUCAGCAAGCUCAUCGCCUCUGCAGCUCGCCACGGCUGCGUUGGGGAUUGCGAACCUGUUGACACGUGCCAGCAAUGGCUCUCUGUCGCGGUUUGCGCGUGAUAGAGAAAUGCCUGUACGGAAGUUCACAAUUGAAUAG